CAAUCCAGAAGAGGUGGAAAACGAUUAAACCAAGGACUCUGCCCACAGCUCUGUGACUGUGCCCCAAACUCUAAAGACGAGGAGUACGCCGGAUGUUAAGAUUUUUGAUGCAAAACAUGAGUAACAUUCGACACGACGCUAAAUAAUUACCGCAACCAUUUGGAUUUCUGAAGGAAUAUAUUGGAAUCAUGGUAGUGAAUUCUGUGCAUUGGUUUCGGAAGGGGUUGAGGCUUCACGAUAAUCCAUCUUUACAAGAAGCUCUGAAUGGUGCGGAUACGGUGCGAUGUGUCUAUAUUUUGGACCCGUGGUUCGCAGGAUCGGCUAAUGUUGGAGUGAACAAAUGGAGAUUCCUGCUUGAAUCUCUGGAGGACUUGGACACAAGUCUCAGAAAACUUGAUUCGAGACUUUUUGUUGUACGGGGUCAGCCUGCAGAGGUAUUUCCUCGACUUUUCAAGGAGUGGAAUGUCACACGCCUCACCUUUGAGUAUGACUCUGAGCCGUACGGAAAGGAGAGGGAUGCCGCCAUCAUUAAGAUGGCACAGGAAUUUGGAGUGGAGACACGGGUGCAGAAUUCACACACCCUCUACAACUUGGACAGAAUAAUUGAACUGAACAACAACAGCCCCCCACUGACCUUCAAGAGGUUCCAGGCCAUAGUCAAUCGCUUGGGACUCCCCAAGAGGCCCCUGACAACGGUUACUAAGCAGCAGCUGGACAGCUGUCGGACUUCCAUCUCGGACAACCACAACGAGCGCUACGGUGUACCCUCCCUGGAGGAGCUGGGCUUUAAAACGCAUGGACUGAGCCCGGCGGUGUGGAAAGGGGGCGAGACGGAGGCCCUAGAACGUUUGAGCAAACACUUGGACCGAAAGGCUUGGGUAGCGAAUUUCGAAAGACUCCGGAUAAACAUCUGCUCACUGAUUGCCAGCCCCACCGGCUUGAGUCCCUACUUGCGGUUUGGCUGUCUGUCGUGUCGCCUGUUUUACUAUGAUCUACGGGAGCUGUACAUGAAGGUGCGGAAGCACUCCACCCCCCCCCUCUCGCUUUUCGGACAGCUGCUGUGGAGGGAGUUCUUCUACACGGCCGCCACCAACAACCCCAACUUCGACCGCAUGGAGGGGAACCCCAUCUGCGUGCAGAUCCCCUGGGACCACAACCCCGAGGCGCUGGCCAAGUGGGCGGAGGGUCGCACGGGGUACCCCUGGAUCGACGCCAUCAUGACCCAGCUGCGGCAGGAGGGCUGGAUCCACCACCUGGCCCGGCAUGCCGUGGCCUGCUUCCUGACCAGGGGGGACCUGUGGCUCAGCUGGGAGAGCGGCAUGAGGGUGUUUGAUGAGCUGCUGCUGGAUGCAGACUACAGCGUGAACGCGGGCAGCUGGAUGUGGCUCUCCUGCAGCGCGUUCUUCCAGCAGUUCUUCCACUGCUACUGCCCGGUCGGCUUCGGCCGCCGCACCGACCCCAGCGGAGAUUACAUCAGAAGAUACAUACCACAGCUCAAGGACUAUCCGAACAGAUACAUCUAUGAGCCAUGGAAAGCCCCAGAGACAGUGCAGAAGGCAGCAAACUGUGUGGUUGGCAAGGACUACCCCAAGCCCAUGAUCAACCACGCAGAGGGCAGCCGCCUCAACAUCGAGAGGAUGAAGCAGAUCUACCAGCAGCUGUCGCACUACAAAGGGCUCAUGAUAAUGAGGCCCACUACGACAUCCAUGCCUGAUGCUACUGAUUUUUCAGGUUUGCUGGCCUCUGUUCCCAGCAUUCAGGAAGAGGCUGAGCCACCAAUGACAGACGACUCAAAGGCCCACAGCAGCAGUACCAGUGGUUCGUUUGCCACGCAUCAGCACAGGCAGCUGCCUGUAAGGAAGAGAGGCAGGCCAUCAGAGCUGCAGACAGCUGAGAAAGUCCCCCAGCCCAAAGUUCAGCGCACCAGCACCACAGAAGAGAAGGCAGGUGACCAGUAGUAGUGUCAGACGAUUGCCAUGUCUGAAUGCUGAGGAGCCCGCUGUUUCCUGUGCUUCCUUCCUCUGUGGGCAUGACCAGGAUAUGAAACACAUACAGUACAAUAGCAAAAUUAUAUCUAGCAUUAAAAAAAACAAGCACAACCAUUAGCGACAACAAAGCUAUGCCGAUUAUUCUCCAGCAGCAACAAAGAAAAGUAACGAGAACGCUGUCCCAGAUCAGCUUUUCUGAACCAGGAUUCAUUCUUUAGUUUGAUUCCAAAUUAGAGGAUUUUGGUUCUCCAAAGCAUUUGUGAAGAGUGUGUGCAUACCCAGCCAAAUUAUGAGUGUGGUCUGAUUGGUUUUGUUGAUUUGAUUCCAGGUACAAUAGAUUUCCAUUAACCAUUCAGCAAAGGGUACAUUUAUGAAGUUAGAAAACCUGAUUUAUCUGAGCGAUCGCAAUCAUAUGCCGAGCGUUAUAGUGAGAAAGAGCAGAUUGUGCAGUAACAUAUUGGAAUGUGUGUCAUUACUCAACGACUUGCAUAACUAAGUAAUCCUCAUCAUGGGAGGUGUGCCGUCAGCACAGAUAUUCAUGCGUAGGUAAUUUUUUAUACACCUAUUACCCUAGGUACUUCACAGCAAUACAAUCAUUGGCAGCCCUGUGCUUUAAUAUCCAGUUUACAUCCAUUACAUUCAAUUACAGGCAUUUAGCAAACGCUCUUAUCCAGCAUUUACAUAGUAUCCAUUUAUACAGCUGGAUAUAUACUGAAGCAAUACCUUGCUCAAGGGUACAACAGCAAUGCUUUAGGUCACAAGACCAACUCCUUACCCAUUACACUACACUGCCGCCCUACACAACCACCACAAUUAAACUGGGAAAAUGUGGAAAUGACUGGUUUGAAGUUGCCAUUCAUUCAAAAGCAGAUAAGGAAGUUUUGAGAUGGGUGCAGGGCUCAUUAACAGUGUGCCAAACCGUCCGUUUGAUUUCAACUUGUGUGCCGUUUUUGAAGCUUUGAGCUUAUAGUGCAGAUUCCUUUUUGUAAAGAGACCUGUGAGGGAAAGAUCCGAUGAGCUGAAGCUUAAAAUGGAUCAUUGAAUGAGGUUUUUAAUCGGUAGCUGUGCACACCGUUAAACGAGGAAAUGAGAACGGCAGGCUGAGAGAUCAGGUCCUCCUUCUGAAACAAAAUGAAUGUCUUAGACAAGCAAAUAUUGAAUGUAAAGCAUUGAUAAUGGGCUUAUUAUGAAGGAUGUUCUGGAUGGAUGUUAUGAUUAAGGAUCGUUCAUUUUCUCAGUUCUUUGGUUGUACGAUUUUAGGGCAAUUUUUUGAUUUGUUAUAUAUAUGCACUGUAUAUUAGAAUAUUGCCACCACCCUAGUUAUACAAAAAAAGGCCGUCAGUUUGAAUUUGUGAGCAAUUCAUCUGAACGUCGUAAGCCUGAGUAUGAAGGCAGAACCUAUGAAAUAUUUUGGCCCAUAAUGGAUGGUUUUCAUUUCCAUUUAACAGUUGUUGGAAUGACCUUCAGGUAAUUAUCUACAAAAAUUGGUUGUCAGAGGGGUUGAAUGACAGGUACUUGGAUGCAGGUUGCGAGUAGGUAUAUCUACACUGCAGCAUUGUUACAGAGCAAAUAAGGUUUGGCGGUGGAGUGGAGUUGGAUGUAAGCUCAGGAAAAUCAUUUAAAGAAAAGAGAAAUAUAAACCGUAUAGCUGGGCUCUAUUAAUUUGACCAAAAGAUGUUGGUACAUUGUAAAACGCUCUGCUGGUGUAAUGUUGUGGCUCUGAUCCCAAGAUGGAAAAGAACCAAGAACCAAUUAAUGUCAAAUUGUCAGCUGGGGACUGAAUGAGGCAUUAUGGUGGCUGAAGGGGAAACCUGGGCUGGUUUCAUGGUUUUUCUGUCUUUUUCCAUUUGGAGUGAAUAAGCUGUUUUCCGUGGUUGAGUAAUACCACCAAACCAGAAACACUUCGGACAUUUUGCCUUGGCUUUCAUGGUAAUCGCAGUGUGUGCAAACACAGGGGUCUUGAAUUGGAAAUGAAUUGGUGUACCAAUAAGCAAGAACAGACUUGUUUAACAUUCAGUGUUAGGGACACUCUUAGUGGUCUAGCGCUCACACUAUUAGCAUAAGUAAUCCAGGUUGAGUGUAAAACACAGAAGCAAAUUCCAUGAAACAAACUGAAGAGAUCACUCUUAAUGCUCUUGGGAGUUUAAAUGCUUUUACACUUGAACAUUGAGCAAAUUGGCACAUUCAUAUUUCAGGCUCAGAAGUCUUAGAACAAACUCAAUGUAAAAUGUCCUUUAGCCUUUGAUUUCUGAUUGGAGCAGAUUAGGGGUUGUUCCAUCUUGCAGUAAUAAACAGUAAAGAUUUUCAUUUCUGCAUAGAAGCAGUAUUGGCGUAGAUAUGUGUGUGACCUUUUGCAGAACAAUAUAAGUGCAAAUACUUACCCAGCUAGAUCACUAAAUACAGUAUUUCAGUGGUUGCUUUUGUUUGUUUGCUUUUUGCCUUUGGCUUUAUUUUUAGAGAGCAGCUUUGCCACGUAAAUUGUGAAAAAGAAGCCCAACAAAAUUCGAUAAACCGAAUCAUUUCACAGAGCAGACCACACUUUUAUGUGAAGUUCCUCCAUUAAUUUUAUGGAGCACUACUUUUAAACAAUACACAAUAAAGCCUAGCCAACCAAUUUUAGUCCGGUUAAAAUUUUUGAGCGUUUUUAUUGGCAAUAAAGAGAUGAAAUUAUUGGAGACAACAAGACUUGUCUACAUUUAUCAUCAAUGAUAGAUGAUCUGCAUAUGUAAGAAAAUGCUACACAAUUUUAUGACAAGGAAAAAUGAUCUCACAGAAGAAAUUGCUAUACUGAUAUUGAGUAAUGUGAAUGGAAACUCGUUGUGAGUAAUUAUAUGGUUAUGGGUAAGUCUGGCCAACACUGCAGUAUCUUUGUGUGGGUGUAAAAAAAUCAUAUUGUGUGUUUCUACACUGAAAAUCUGUCUUCUGGAAGACACGUUCUACAUUUUUUUUUUUUAAAUGUGGCAUCGUAGUGGCUUCCAUUCACCACAGGGAAAUGGGUAUUGCACAACUCUAAAAAUGUUUUCUUAACAUUGUUUUCAUGUGGUAACAUUUUAUGGAAAUAUUUUGUACCUGGAAGUGCAAUGUUUGUUUCGAAUUGUAUACCUCUUCAAAUUGUACAAGAAUGUGUUCCAUUUGUUCAAAUGUUUAAGUAUCCAGUCCUUAAAUGUUUUUCCGGUAGAUACCUGAGGUGGCUGUGUCAAAUAUUGACACAUGGCCUUUUUGCUAGUUUUCUUCUUUAUUAUUAAUAUAAUUCAUUUUAUAAACUUUUGUGAAAUGGAUGUAUUAUACAUAUUUUGUUGUGCUUGUUUUUACAUAAUUUGUAAAGUGUAAAUACCUUUUUCCCUAAUUAAAAGCAGCUUCUGUAAGUAACCAUCAA